CCCCGUUACCCGUCCCCACUGGAUGAGACACCGUCUUUCCUACUUGGUCGCUCACAACACUCUGCACUACAUUGUCGGUGACUACUUGCGGGUUCGUUAGAGCUUCAAGAUCGAUUAGUUCGGCCGUCUUGAAACUACCCUGGCUCAUAUCGCGGACUGGCGACCUCGAUCAAGCCAGAUCCCUCCCGCCUCCCAGGGAGUGACUCGCCAUUUUGUUCAACUGCCUUUUAUAACGGCAGUGUUUGAAAAUAUUCCGCGCAAUCGCGUAAUCUUUCCGCAUACUUCGUCACUUCCGGUCGGUUGACGACCUCUAUAAAACGUCUGCUGAAUCCCACAACCUCAGAAUGUGCUGCCAUGGCCGAAGCACCAGAUGCCGAGCCGUAUGAGUACGAUCCUUAUGCAGAUAAUCCCGAACUCCGGGAGUGUGUGAAUGCACUAUCGGCUAGAGAUGCAAUCCUUGAGCCAGGGAUUGCCAAAACCUUUGAACAGUUCCUAGAUCUUGGUGGCAAGGAGAAGGAAGGAGCGCACAUACUUGCUGAGAGCUAUGUGGGCCUUCCCCACGUACUCAAUGUUAUGAUUGAGUGGCUCCAUGUUGCUGGGUACAGGAAGAGGGAGAUUCAAGCUAUGGUAGAGGACCACCUGAAACACCUCAUCACACAGCAUUUUGACCCCAAAAAGGCUGACCUCAUCUUCACAGAAGAGGGAUCGGUUCCUUCGUGGCUGGAAGAGAUGAUACAGUUCCCGACGUGGAGAGAGCUGUUCUACCAACUGGCGGAGCAGUACCCUGACUGCCUCAUGCUCAAGUUCACCAUCAAACUCGUGUCCGAUGCCGGGUUCCAGAGCGAGAUAACCAGUGCCUCCACAGCCCAGCACCAACCUGAAGUGUUCUCCAGUCUGGUCAAGAGUGCCCUGCUCCAAAUUACCACCGGCCGAGUCACCGAUGCCCACGAACACCUCCAGGAUUUCAAAACUCUGGUGUGCCACAGCCAGCACACCUACUUCUACUCUCACUCGGUGCUCCAGAGUCUGUCGGGCACCUCUCAACUCACCCACUUCCGUCGCUGGCUGGGGCAGGAGAUACACAGGGAGGCACUGCUCAGAAAGCACGAGGUGACGAACAUGGGUCUCCACCUGACCUCGGUGGGCAGCCACUCUCGACUGUUUGAGUCCCUCAGCUCCAUGCUCUCCCGAUCAGCUCUCAACCCUGCCGACAUCUCCAUUUUGUACAAGCACUACACAGAGGAUGACCCACCACCCCCAGUCCAGUUCCUCCAGACACCACACUUACUGGAGCUCCUGGUCCAGGCGUUCUUCAAGCCAGGGUCGGCCAUCAACAAAGACCACAAGGAGAAGUACCUCCACAUCCUGGCCUAUGCCUCCAGCGUGUACGACAAUGAAGAUGGAGAGAGGUUAACCACACGGUUAUAUAUAGCUGUAAACAGAGUUGUUACAAACUAAACUUGGCCACAAUAUACUUUCUUGAACUACUGCUAAGUACUUAUGGGUAUAUUGUACAAAGUUGAACGGUACCUACUGUAGACCUAGGUUGUACAUGAAGUGGUGGGAUUUGUAUCAUCAAGUGAAGUGUUUAGGUGUGUGGAUGAGUUGGAGGACACAAAGAAGGCUCUGGAGACGGCCCACAUGAUUUGCAGCAAGGCCACCGUGUCCCACACGGAGCUGCAAGUGGAGGUCCCCACUCUAUUCCAGUGUAUCAAGUAUCCAAUAGUAUCACUGGGAGUCCUGCGGUGGGUGGAGCACACACUCUCUGAUCUCACCUUCUUUGAAGAAGCUGCAGAGUCCUCUCCUCUUUUCCUUGUUCUACUGGACGAGGUAUCACAAAACUCAUGACAAAAACACUUUUGUAGAAGAAAAUCUGACAAUGCAGCAUGCCAUACCUAAAACUUACGACAAAAACACUCUCGUCAAAAAUAACACCAAUACACUCGGCUGACAAAUGUAGCAUGCAAAACCUUUCACGAACAUUUUUGUCAUGUUAUACCUUUAUUGGCAGCAUAAUAGCAUUAGUAUAAUGAAUACCAGUAAGCAAUUUCGCAGACCUAAUCUCCGCUAUUGUUGGAGAAUGGAUCACUAAUGAUAUUAGUCAGGGUUAAGGUGGUGUGUGUGUCAUGGACUACAGAUUGCAGCGUAUCAUAAGCUGCAGCAUCCCUUCAUUCUGGACCUCCUGAAGCGACUGAUUGAAGGGUCUUACCCAAUGCUGGAGGUCCAUGUUCAGAUGGAGCUGAAAAGGCAUCUGGUCGGCCACCUGGUCCAGCUACUGAGCUGUGGACAUGUGCUAGAGGUGGUGAACUACAUGCACAGGUGUAUGAAGACUGAAAACCUGGACCAUUCACUUAUAAGACACUUUAUAUCUGAGGUUCUGAGUAUUAUCCAACCUCCGUACUCGGCUGAGUUUGGUUCCGUGUUCCUACCUCUGGUUCAGAACCAGGACAUUGCAGGACCACUGAUGAAUGCAGAGGCCACUGAUCUGGUGUCUCAGUUCAUAGCUGAGUGUCCACGGAAGGUAAGACGGAAGAAGAAAAGCAAACCAGGAUAGAAAUUUACACACUCUGUUCAUUGCAAUCAUCUUGAGCAUCUUUUUCACACAAUCUGAUCACCUUUUCACUCUUUCUGACCACAUUGGUCAAUUUGUAAGGUGCCUUUGUAAUCUCCCAAUGGUGCCCGGAAAUGUGAUUUACAAGAACCUUUGCACAGAAUGCUGUUUUCCAGAG